UCUUUUCUCAACUUGCUGUGCAGUUGCAAAUGUAGAGCUACACUGUACCAAGUGUGUGCAGCGAUACCCUUUUCCUUACCCGCUCUCUUUAGGAGAAUGUCUCAGAGCCCUACAGUCCAUAUGCGCUCGAGAGACCGUUGCUAAUGUCAUGUCAAUGUGACUCUUGAAAUUCGCGACAACACACAUACUACAGCAUUUACCAACCGUUUUGUUCACUCGUUCUUCUGCCGACCAAGCGGCGGCCAAAAUGAUCGAAUCGGUCUUGAAAACAACAACAGAAUCAAGCAUGUCAUUCAAGCUCACGUCACUCCAAGCUCUCCGAGAUCGAUUCCAAUUCGAAUCUUCUUCAUCCUCCAGACGCGUCAUCUCUGGUUACCUACCUCGGUUCUGCAGUCCAAAGACGUUAUUCCAAGGACGCCUCGUCCAUGGUAGUGGUAAUGGCGAACAGCAAACCGACACUCUACCCCCGACGGCAUAUCUCGAUGCGCUUCGAGGUUACGCCGCCUGGAUUGUGUUUCUGGCCCACGGUUGGGACGAAUUCCACUUCUCCGUCACUCGUCAACCCAUCCUUUCCGUCGUGGUCGCCGCGAAAUCCAUGGUGGCCUUGUUCUUUGUCAUUUCCGGUUACGUCCUGAGUUAUCGUCUUCUCGGGCUAGCACAUCGCCAUCAUCGCAAUCAACACAACCACCACGACCACCACGACCACGAGAAACUACUGACGAGUCUGGCCAGUUCGACCUUCCGUCGAGGUAUGCGUCUGUGGGGUUCGACCAUCUUUGCCUUGGCCAUCGCCGGGGUAUUGGUCUGCCUGGGUUGGGACGGAGGGUACAGCGACGACCGACUUGGGAAAAACACCUUGUGGGAACAAAUAGGAGACUGGUUCGGUCGGUUGAUCUGGUUCAUGAACCCGUUUGUCGAGGUGGACGGGUAUUUCUGGGCCGGAACUCUGCAGAAUGAAUACCUGGGACCAAUGUGGACCAUCCCCGUCGAGAUCAGGGGCAGCAUGGUUUUGUUUCUUUUUCUCCUGGCCACUUGCAUGAUGGGUUAUCGCAAACGAGCGGCCUUGACUUGGCUGGCGGUCGGUGCGUGUUACUUUUGGACCAAACUUUACGUGGCUCAAUUCUUGAUGGGCAUGGCCGUUGCGGAUUUUUCAUUGUCCAGAGAACAGGACCAGGGGCAGCAACACUCCCCUCGAAGAUCCGGGGGGUACGUUCAACUACGUAUGCCGUCCAACUCGUCGACUUCCACCACCGACACCACCGGACCUUGUCCUUUACACGAAGCCUCGGAUGAUAGUUUUACGACCGCAACACAUCCGUCUCAAAGCCACAGAUCAAAGAUUUUAUCCAUCGCCAUGCUCGUCGCCGGUUUGAUUUUGCUUGGUCAACCCAACUCCGGAGGUGACAACCUUGGGAUCCUAGGAGAUUUCCCUUGGAAGUUCCUCCACAGCCUUCCCCCUUCACAGUACGCCGACAACCGGGGAGCUCACGACUAUUUUUAUUUGGGGAUCGGCGGGUUUUUGUUGGUCCUCGCCCUCGACACUUAUCCUGUUCUGCGUACUCCUUUGAACACCCCUUUCAGUCAGUACGUGGGGGACCUAAGUUUCGGGAUCUACGCCAUGCACCCGAUCAUCCUCAUCAUGGUCCUUCGACAAUGGUACAACCCUCGUGUUCGUGUCCAGUUAUUUGGGGAUGGCUUUUGGGGUCACGUCCCAGGGAUGAUCCUGGCGCACGUCCUCGUUUUCGCCUGCGCCGAUUAUUUCAGCCGCGUGGACAAAAGAGUGGUGGCGGUCGCCAGGAGAGUAUCGACUUGGUUUUUCAAGUAGUUUUGGUUUUGAUAGCAUCAUUUUUUUCUUGGUCAGAAUGCCACGGGAAGUUGAUCAAAGUAUCACGAUCAGAUGUCACCCGCCAACUCCCCGUAUGUUGACCAGGUAAAUGACAACGCACAAGAUUGAA